AUGGAUGGGGAUGACGCACUGUCCCAAGCCAUGCUUCGUAUUCUGGAGAGGGUCGCUAGACCCAACACUGGUACCGGAGGCCGUGGGUCAGUUUCGGAACGUCUCCGAUCAAAUGGAGCAGAAAUAUUUAGGGGCAUUUCUGGAGUAGCCCCGAAUGUGGCUGAGUACAGGUUGAAAGCCAUGGAGAGAAUAAUGGAUGACCUAGAUUGCACGGCUGAACAAAAGCUGAAAGGGGCGAUAUCACUACUUAGGGAGGAAGCUUACCAGUGGUGGUUGACUGUGAAAAAGGGCACCCAACUUGAGCGAAUUACCUGGGAAUUCUUUAAAUCUGCAUUUCAAGGGAAGUACGUCGGGGCAAGCUAUGUAGAUGCCCGGAGGAAGGAAUUCUUAAACUUAACUCAAGGGGAUCAGUCUGUGGCUGAGUAUGAGGCAGAGUUUUUACGACUUAGCCGAUAUGCCCGUGGAAUAGUAGCAACAGAGUAUGAACAUUGUGUUCAGUUUAAGGAUCCGGGAUAG